AUGGGAGGGACAUGCAGCAUCCAACAGGAACACCCUCCACGUCGGAUCCACGAUUGGCUCUCCCAACCCGCCGAUCAGCGCAUACAGGAAUGCGCGAGAGUUUCACUGCGCACUCUCUGCAAAAGCCGGGCGGCUGGAUUGGCUACUUUGGACGGGCUCGGCGGCCAGGAGGGUGAUGCCGGGGCGGAUCCCAAGGGGCUUCCGAUUUCCCCAGAAGCAUGGACGAGGAGUGGGACAUGGCCUGGAUAUGCAGCUGAUUCGUCUGGGGAGUUUGGCGCCUGUGGUGCAGAAUCCCAGGGGGUUUGUAUGCGGGAAGCCGAGAGCUUCAGCGCCAGGAGCACCGAGGUGAUUGGGCGAAGGUCGAGAAUAGCUUAUUUAGUAGAUUUGCCCAAAAAUACUCUUGAUAUCGAACCAAACAACAAAACAUCAUCGUCUAAGUUAGUUGACAUCGUAGGCGUCUAA